GUGCAGGCAACCCUCCACACCGCAGAGAGCGCUGUCGCUUGAUCCGGAGCGGGCUCACUGCGGGGAGCGGAGCGCCCACACGCCGACCCGGCGAAAAUGCAGGCCGAAUGUCGGCGGUUCCAUUCCUAUAACUUCGCGGCCGAUCAGGUGUUUCAGAGUGGCCUAAUGCAACUCGGAGAAAAGGAUCGGGGAUCGGAAGAGUGGCUGCUGGAGGCUAAGAUACGCUACUACUCCAGGUUUAUCAAACCUAUUGACCUUGGAGACUACAAAAGAUGGCUUUCCUCACAAAUUACUGAUCCAGAGAAUCAGGUUAAUUUGGCGGAAGAGGAGAUGACAAACGCUUUUGAGAAACUACUCAGACAAACUACUAAGCUUUCAGAGAAAACUGAGUAUUCAUCUACUGUAGAGCCCACUAUAAACACUCACAAACCAUGGAUAGCUCAGCAAGCACACAUGGAAGAUGCAAGAACACAUUUUCAGAUUAGUAAAGAACUAAAAAAUAAUGUUCCUUAUAAAACAACUGAAAACAGUCAAAUAGAGGAAUGGUCCCUUGAAAAUAAAGCUAUUAGUUAUCUUGCCAGUUCUUCUGCUGCGACCACAGCAACUGAAGGGGAAAGCUGCAAUUUGUCUUUCCCUCAAGUUCUCCACCUUGUACAAAAUGGACAAGAAAUCCCCGGCAUUCAAAAAUUGAAUAUUAUGUCAACCAAUGGUAUACCUACAACCUCACAAAUGGCAAGAAAGCUUAAACCUUGGGAAAGUAUUUAAUGUUUUUAUUGUAAUAUUUAAUAUUGGAAAAUAUCUUUAAUAUAUAAUAAAGGUAAUACAGUCGUGAUUGG